CAAUUUUUACAUGAAAAGACAAUGUUAAAAGCCAUUUUUUUCUACAUUUAAAGCACUGCCCGCUCGCUGAGGAAAGGAAGGCAGUGCAUUAAGACUAAACCCCGUAGAGCCAAGCAUUCAAAGUGAGGAUCCUGACCCAUAAACCUUGGCUGGUUCUUCCUACCGAAAAAUCCUAAGUAUUCAGGGACACUCUUCUGAAGAAGCUAUCUCCAGACCCUCCUCCUGGUGAUCAUGGGGAAGAGAGUGGCCAUCGUCGGAGCUGGUGUCAGUGGCUUGGCCUCCAUCCGGUGCUGCCUGGAAGAGGGGCUGGAACCCACCUGCUUUGAGAGGAGCAAUGAUAUUGGAGGCCUGUGGAAAUUCUUGGACCAUGCUGAAGAGGGCAGAGCCAGCAUUUACCAGUCGGUAUUCACCAACUCUUCCAAAGAGAUGAUGUGCUUUCCAGACUUCCCUUAUCCUGAUGAUUACCCCAACUACAUGCACCACAGCAAACUCCAGGAAUACAUAAAGACAUUUGCUCAAAAGAAGAAUCUUUUAAGAUAUAUACAGUUUGAGACCCUGGUUUCUAGCAUAAAGAAAUGUCCCAGCUUCUUAGUCACUGGACAAUGGGAAGUUGUUUCAGAAAAGGAUGGGAAACAGGAAUCUACUAUUUUUGAUGCUAUAAUGAUUUGUUCGGGACAUCACGUAUACCCCAAUCUACCAACUGAUUCCUUUCCUGGCCUACACCAGUUUCAAGGCCACUAUCUCCACAGCAGGGACUAUAAAGACCCAGACGCCUUCAAGGGGAAGAAGGUCCUUGUCAUCGGCCUGGGGAACUCAGGAUCUGACAUUGCUGUCGAGCUCAGCCGUCUGGCUACACAGGUCGUUAUCAGUACCAGAAGUGGCUCCUGGGUCAUGAGCCGGGUUUGGGACAAUGGCUACCCUUGGGACAUGGUGUAUGUUACCCGCUUUGCAUCCUUUCUCCGGAAUGCCCUGCCUUCAUUUGUCUCUGACUGGUUAUACGUGAAGAAGAUGAACACGUGGUUUAAGCAUGAGAACUUCGGCCUGAUGCCUUUAAAUGGUUCCCUGCGAAAAGAGCCUGUGUUCAACGAUGAGCUCCCAUCCCGCAUCCUGUGUGGCACUGUGUCCAUCAAGCCCAAUGUGAAGGAGUUCACAGAGACCUCGGCUGUGUUUGAGGAUGGGACUGUGUUUGAGGCCAUAGACUCCAUCAUCUUUGCAACAGGCUAUGAUUAUGCCUACCCCUUCCUUGAUGACUCCAUCAUCAAAAGCAGAAACAAUGAGGUCACCUUGUUUAAAGGCAUCUUCCCCCCACUAAUGGAGAAGCCAACCUUGGCUGUGAUUGGCCUUGUCCAGUCCCUUGGGGCUGCCAUCCCCACAGCUGACCUCCAGGCUCGCUGGGCUGCUAAAGUGUUUGCAAACUCAUGCACCUUGCCAACUACAAAUGAAAUGAUGGAUGACAUUGAUGAGAAAAUGGGGAAAAAACUCAAGUGGUUUGGCCAGAGCCAGACUUUGCAGACAGAUUACAUCACGUACAUGGACGAGCUGGGCUCCUUCAUAGGAGCCAAGCCUAACAUACCAUGGCUCUUCCUAACUGACCCCCAGCUGGCCUUGGAGGUGUACUUUGGUCCCUGCAGUCCAUACCAGUUUCGACUGAUGGGACCAGGGAAGUGGGAUGGAGCCAGAAAUGCCAUCCUGACCCAAUGGGACAGGACAGUAAAGCCAACCAGGAUGAGAGCUGUAGGGAAAGCUCAGAGACCCCAGCACUUUUAUAAUUUGCUCAGAAUUCUUUCAUUCCCAGUGCUUUUGCUAGCCGUUUGGCUUACAUUUUAUUAAUGAGAAAGUCCUUUACAUCUCAGAGUUUAGCCUAGAAGUUUAAUUAUUCAGAUAUGUAUGUAGCUUAAUUAUAGGUAUAUACACAUAUGCAUACAUAAAAUCUCAGAGCUGCUCUUUGCUUUCCUGCAGAUGUAAAAAUUAAUUCUGGCCCAUUUGACUCAAAGGCUAAAAAAAAAAAAAAAAAAAAGGAAAAUACUCGGGCUUUCCCUUUCUGAUGAGAAUCUAUACUCUAAAAAGGCUUUUCACAUGCUGAAUGGGCAAAUUUGGAGAUGUUUGAGAUGAAGAAGAAGGGGGAUGAAGGAGAGUGAGCACAGGUUUGCAGGAUGAACAAAGUUUAAUAAAUUUCUUAAGGGUGUUUCAUCAUAGGCAGAGAUGACAUCACAACAAUGUUGAAUCUUUCAACCCAUGACAUGGUAUAUCUUUCCAUUUACUUAGAUCUUUAAUUGCACUCAGCAGUGUUUUGUAGUUUUUUGUAUAUAGAUCUUACCCAUCUUAGGUCAGAUUUAUCCUAAGUAUUCCAUAUUUUUGGAUGUUAUGAUAAAUGGUAGCUUAACAUUUUUUUAAUUUCCUGUUGUUUAUUGCUAACAUAUAGAAAUGCGAUCAUUUGUUCUUUUGUUGAAUCAUCUGUAACUUUUUUGUAGAUUCCAUAAUGCUUCCUACGUAAAUAAUCACGUUGUCUAAAAAUAAAGAUAGCUUUACUUCUCCAAUUUCAA